GUGUAGAGCUGGAUGAACACAGUUGGCCAAGCAGCAUCAGAGGAGCAGGAAAGCUGACGUUCCUUCUGAAGGGUCUUCUUCUCUUGUGGAUCUCAAUGACUGGUAUGUUCAAUUUGAGGAGAGCUGGAACUUCCUUUGUGAAACCCACCCCUAGGAUCUUGUCGAGUUUUUCAGCCUGUUGGACAGGAAGGGACGGAGGGACCCUCGGGGAGCAGUGAGGACCAGCGAGAGGCCUCUCGGAGGAGGUGUGAAUGAGGGGCGGGGAGGGGGGCCGAUGCUGGUCUUCCGCUCAUGCUCCUUGAACAUGUCCUCUGAUGAGCUCUGGUGCGUGGACUGUGGGAAAUGCCUGCCAGGGGAGUGUAGGAUACAUGGACCGUUGAUCAAGGUGAAAGACAGGACCAUUCCCAGCCGUGCCAGGCUGACUCUUCCACAUUACCUUGCCCUCCGAGUGUUGGAGAUGCCAGCUGUCAACAAACACAUCCUUGGUGUAUUUGCUAAGAAGGUGAUCCAGAAGAGGACACAGUUUGGACCAUACGUGGGGCAGCUUUCAACCAGUCUCACUAACAGUGAUGACAACAGGCUUGUGUUCCAGGUUUUAAAGGAUGGAGUGAAAUAUUUCCUGAACAACCCAGACGAAGAGUCUGGUAACUGGAUGAUGUUUGUCCGCCCUGCAAGGAACCUCGAGGAGCAAACCCUCGUUGCGUAUCAGCACCGGGGAGAGGUGUACUUCACCACUGUAAAGAAUGUCCAACCGCAUGUGGAGCUGAAAGUCUGGUAUGCAGCAGAUUACGCCAAAUUCAUAGAAGCUCCUUUGGUGGUUAUCAAGCAGGAGCCUGGACUCUGCACAUCUCCUGCUGCAAUAGAGGCUGCCAAUCGGUGGAAAUGCUCCAGCUGUUGCCGUGUGUUCAGCUCCUCCAGUUUGCUGGAGUCGCAUCCCUGUAGCAGUUCAGGCCAAGGGAGCGUGAGGGGAUUGGCUGACACUGGGUGCCUGGGGUCAGAUUACAGGGCUGCUCGCUGGAAAGCAGGCAUUUCUGUCCCGGAUGGUCAGGGUGAGUGGACGCUGGGUCUGAAUGUGCUGCAGCAAGAUGGACAGUCAGACACAGACAAGGAGGGACAAGAAAUGCAGAAGCACUUUCCCUGUCCAUUGUGUAAGAAGAUCUUCCUCAGUGCUGACAAGCUGACCGCUCACUCCUGUUCUCAUAGCAGAGAACGUCCACAUGUCUGCUCGCAUCAUGAGUGUGCGAAAGCUUUCAUCUCCAAAUACAAACUGAUCAGACACAUGGCCACUCACUGUCCUCAGAAGCCUCACCGAUGUUCGCACUGUGAGAAGAUGUUCCAUCGGAAGGACCACCUCAAGAACCAUCUUCAGACUCACAACCCUAACAAGACUCUCUUCAGGUGUGGUGAGUGCGGCAAGAGGUAUAACACCAAGCUGGGUUACAGGCGGCACCUGGCAUGGCACACGGCCGCCAGCGGUGACCUGACAUGCGGAGUGUGUGCCUGUGAGUUUGGACGGUCAGACCAGCUCCUGGAACAUCUGAAGGGUCAUGCGGGCAAACUGACCAGCAGUGCCCGGGAGAAGCGACAUGCGUGCGAUCGCUGUGAGCGCCGUUUCUACACCCGCAAGGACGUCAAACGGCACACAGUGGUCCACACGGGGCGCAAGGACUUCGUCUGCCAAUUCUGUUCACAGCGCUUCGGCCGGAAGGACCACUUGACGAGGCACACCAAGAAAAGCCACGCCCAGGAGCUGCUGAAGGGGCGGUCAGAGGCUGACAGAUUGGCAGUGCCAAUGAAUGAUGCCUCCUCCAUCUCCUUAAAGGAGGAGAUUGCCAGUGCCUGGCCUGAUCCUGUUGACGAGCUGGAGCAGAAGGGCAAUGCCAGCAUGAGCAAUGAAUUCUAUGCCCAUCCGUUACCAUUCAGCCAGCACACAAGGAAGACUCGCCACAUGGUGCCCGGCUCACUGGGGACAAGGUGGAGCUUCAUGGAGAUGCCAUCUCCGAUACUUUCUCCUCCCGCACCACAUCCUCCAAGCCAAUGUAUACAACACCCCCGAUACCAACUCAACACUCCCUCCUAUAGCCCCUUGCACAGCAAAAACCAGUCAACAAAGAAUGGCAUGAGGAGUUACAAUCUGAGUUUGCCAGGAGAUCUACCUGGUCUUGAAUCCCAAUCAGUGCCCACCAAGGAAGACUCGGACGUUGGCCUGGAAACUUUGACGGUCUCCCUCGCCACCACAGACUGUGACAGCACGAUGCACAAAAACAUCAAGCCCUUGAAUGUGAAUUCCACUGACAUCUCCCGUUUGCUUGGACUCUCGCCUCCUGGUACCACUGGCCAGCCUUCAGGUGGUGAUGCGGUGCUGUCGUACAGGCAAGGGGAGAUUGGGCAGAGGGUCGGCCCCCUCCUCGAGCAGCAGCAGACGGCGCGGGAAGGGAGUGCUCCCAUAACAAGUUUGAACUUGAACCAGCUUCAACAAGUCGCGCCAACCUUCUCCUCUAUGCUAGCACCGACUCCAUUGCCCUGCUUUCACCAAAUCUUUCAGUAAUCCCCUGGUGCCCUUCAUUCUAUCGAGGAGCCACAGGCAACAGAGCAUUGAGAAGCAAAUUAGAAAGUGUCAAGAUGCCAAUGUUGAAUUUUAACAAUUUUUAAAAUAGAUUUUAUAUGUAUUUAUGUAAAUAAAUUGUUUUCUACCAAUGUCAGGCUAUGAAAUCUCCACGCCUGUAGAUAAAAGUACUUCCACGUGUAAUCAGUUUUCAGUGUGUAUUACAACUUAUUUUGGAAGCUUAUCUUUCUGUACUAAUUCAAUUCAAUCAAUUUCAAACUGAGGGGAAUAUGAAGAAUUACACAGUUUUUACAUUGCAGAUGGUGGCCAUUUGGCCCAUCAUUCUAUGCACUAACUCUUGAAAUGGGCAGCCCACUUAGUGUCGCUCCCUCAUCUCCCCGUAACCCUGCACGUGGCAAUGAUCCCAUUUCCUUUUCAAUGUUUCAAAUGAACUUGCUUCAAUUGUGCUGUUAGGCAGUGUGUUCCAUUCUCUGUAUGAAAAUGAUCUUCCUCAUAUUGCUUUUGCUACCUUUACUGAUUAAUUUAAACCUGUGCCCCUUCAUUCACAAUACUUUCACAUGAGUUAAAUAUUUGAAGGGGAAAGAAAUUAGCUGACCAGUGGUUGACUGGCAAGGGAGUGGACUGGCUUGAAUAAUUUUACCAAAGAGCUAGUAUGGAUACAAGGGGAAGAAUGACCUCCCUCUGUGCUUGCUGAUUCUAGCUUUAAAAUUAGCAAUAAGUUAUCAGGCAGCAAAUCAGUUUUGUGUGAAUCAACCAACACUUCUCCACCAAAGAGGGAUAUUUGUUCCAAUGGCAGAUUUCAAAAUUGAGAUUGAUCCAUUUUUUUUUGUGAAGAUAAGAAGGGAUUGGAAGGAAGGGACUGAGUGGAGUUGAGAUGCAGAUAGCCAUGAUCUGAUUGAAUGGUGGAGAUGCCUCAAGGGCUGAAUGGCCUCCUCCAGUUCACUUCGCAAGUAUUGACACAUUUCCGGAGACUCCCACAAUUAAAUUCCCAUUUGUAACUCGCACCUGGAUGAUAUUUCAUCUACAAAAAUUUGUACAGGUCAUUUAGGUUUUAACUUGUAACUUAUUUUCAGUUAACCAGUAUUCCAUCCAAACCCACCAAUUAGACUCCAAUCUGAUACUCACUCCCAGAUAUCUGUUAUUCCAUAUAUAAACUAACCCAAACCCCCUGGUUAGAUUCCAGUCUAAUACUCACUCCCAGGUAUCUGAUAUUCCAUAUAUAAACUAACCCAAACCCCCUGGUUAGAUUCCAGUCUAAUACUCACUCUUGGGUAUUUGUUAUUCUAUAUAUAAAGCAACCCAGAAUCUAUCCACUAAAUUCCAGUCUGUAGCUCACUCCUGGGUAUCUGUUAUCUUAUAUAUAAAUGCCCCAAACCUCUUGACUAGAUUCUAGUCUGUAAUUCACUCCCAGGUAUCUGUUAUUCUCUAUACAAACCCCUACAAUCCUUAAUUAGAUACGAGCCAGUAAUUCAAUUCUGGGUAUCUGUUGUUCUACCCCUGAACCCUCAAUUACAUUCCAGUCUGUAACUCAUUCCAUGAUAUUUGAUAUUCUAUGUAUAAACCCCUUUGAACCCAUCAAUUAGAUUAUUGAUUAAUCCUCAAUCAGCUUUCCUCAGUUCUGCUUCCCUUGAUGGCCAGUUUUGAUUCCCAUUUAGGUUUUUUUUCCCUAAUCUCUCUUUAAGAAAGAUGAGUUUUAAAAACUGGGGUGAACGCAAAUAUUCAGUAAGGUUUUACUUUUUAAAAGAUGUUUAUAUUUUUGCUGGAA